AUGGCGUCGUGCGGCAACCAUGUCGCCGCCAGCGCCAAGCACCUCAGGGUGCUGCUCCAGUUCUCCUGCGACAGGGUCGGCGCCGGGAAGGCCCGCGUCGUCGGCCCGUCCGGCGGCAAGGUCAAGGUCUGGCGUGUCGAGGUCGGGCGGGACGGUGACGGCGCCUUCCUGGGGCGCGGGUGGCCGGAGAUCGCGGCCGCAUUCGGCGUCGGGGACGGGUGGUUCUUGGUCCUUCAGCACCAUGGCGGCAGCGUCCUGACCCUCAAGGCAUUCGACGCCAGCGGUUGUAUCAGGGGCCUCGUCACUCCACCUACAGAAGCAACCACAAGCAGCAAAGAUGUUUCCCAUAGGCCGCAGUUCGUCAGUGUGCUUCCACACGAUUUCAUGGAAAAGAUGCUAAUACCGGCUAAGUUUGUGGAACAUUACAUCCCUGAAGAGCACAAGAACAGUCGUAUGGCCAUGGUUAUUGGCUCCCUUGGGAAGAUUUGUCGUGUUGAGCUCGAGAUGAAUGAGUCGAACUUGUUUCUCAGAGGUGGCUGGUCACAGGUUCUUGUGUCUCAUGACGUCACUCAAGCUAAUGCUCUGCUGCUGAAGUAUGAAGGCAACACGGUUUUCACAGUCAAAGUGUUUGGCCCUGAUGGAUUCCAGAGAGAGUCCAAAGACAAGGACAUCAGAAUUCAGCAAGGUAAGCAGCAGGAAGCACCAUCUGAGUCCAUUAGGAACCGUAAGAGCAAGAAGGAUUGGCCAAGUAGGGAAGGACAAAAGAAACCAAAAGGCUCCACGGUUUCCAUGAACGAGGCAUCAAAGAGGAUUGCUGUCUAUGAGAUUGGACCCCAUCAUGGAUAA